AUGGCGACAACCACCAUCACACGAGAAAAUGUCACGACGCUCUUCCCCGAAGUCCACACCCGCCUGAUCGGCGCUGAAAUGGCACCCAACGCCAUCCCCUCAGGCAGCGACGGACAGACGGACUCAAACGACCUGGCCGGCUACGACGAAGAGCAAAUCCGCCUCAUGGACGAAGUGUGCAUCGUGCUCGACAACAACGACCAGCCCAUCGGGUCCGCCUCCAAGAAAGCAUGCCACCUGAUGACCAACAUCAACCAAGGCCUCCUCCACCGCGCCUUCUCCGUCUUUCUCUUCCACCCCCAGACGAAAAAGCUACUCUUGCAACAACGAGCGAGCGAGAAAAUCACCUUCCCGGACAUGUGGACGAACACGUGCUGCUCACACCCACUGGCGCACCCGGCCGAGACGGGCCACGGCGACCUGCCGAGCAACGUCGAGGGAGCGAAACGCGCGGCGGUGCGCAAGCUGGACCACGAGCUGGGCAUCCCCGCGGCGCAGGUGCCCAUCGCCGACUUCUCCUUCCUCACCCGCAUCCACUACCUGGCGCCAUCGGACGGCAAGUGGGGCGAGCACGAGAUCGACUAUAUCCUGUUCAUCGAGGCCGACGUCGACCUCAAGAUCAACGAGAACGAGGUCCAGGCUACACGCUGGGUCAGUGCGGACGAGCUGCGGCAGAUGUUCAAGGACGUCGAGUCCAAGACCGGCGUCGACAAGGCCCUGAAAUAUACUCCCUGGUUCCGGCUGAUCUGUGAGGGCAUGUUGUUCGAGUGGUGGGAUGCUUUGGUGGAUGGGAAGCUCAGCACCUUCACGGAUGAGCAGGGCAUUCGAAGGAUGUAG